AUGAGAGGUCAUUAUACGCCGUGGAGGAAGUUAGAACUGGAAAUUAUAGAUGCUGCAGCGGCGUUCAAUUGCACGAUAAAUAUGCUUACAGGAGGAGAUAUAAAGAUUCAUGUUAAUACAACAGUCUCAACUUAUCGAUCCAAUAAUCCCGCAUGGUUUAUAAAAUGUAUGAAUCAAGCUAACUACACUCUACUGACAAAAUCACUAGAACAUAUAUCGUUACAGGAUAACUUAUUCAAGAACUAUAGAGACUCUUUUCUAGGGAGCGCGGUGAUGUAUGGAAGUUCGCUACCGGCAGCAUGCACUAUAGCUUGGAUCAUGGUGCUUGUAUUAGCCUUACUCCCAGCCAAAAGCCAUUAUGCGAAUAGGGGACCAGUAUUUAUUUAUACUUUAUCUUAUGCAAUUGGCCUAACGUUGUUUGCAACCCAUCUUACGAGGAACGUAUUUCAGAAACAGUACCAACUAAAUUACCAAAAUAUAUCAGAGGUUGCGUUAAAGAUCAAUAAGCAUAUGAUAUUGAAAUUCAAUUUAUAUCUUAAUUCUAUUCUGGCUAACCUAGCGUGGUUGCAAGUCGUCUACCAUAUGUUCCAUAAUUACAGACAGUCAAAAAGACGGUGGAUCCCGUACUGGUUAAAGAACCAUAGCACUCGAAUACUAUUUAUAGGGAUUCCUUUAUCAAUUGCUGAUGCAAUAGUUGGAGGCAUUAAUCUAUUCUGGUCGCCUUCCAAUGUUGCGGAAGGCGAAAGAAGACUCAUUUCAAAAUACGAGGCAUCUUAUUACCUUCAUGUGUUCAUCGAAUUUCUGAUAUUUGUUCUAUUCACUAUUUCCAUAUACUAUCAUGUUUACCAAUUUUUCAUUCAAACUAUAGAUUACGUUCAGCAGCGAGAAGAUGACAAUGAAACACAGUCUAAAUGGGCCACCCUAAAAGAUACCUAUAGCGCCUACAAAUAUACAAUUCCAAUACUGUUACACAAUACCCUAGCUUUCGCAUUUUUCGCUAUUGGGAUAACAGUAAAUUUCUUCAAAUAUAAUGGUAUGUUUUACUGGUGUUUUAUAGUCACUUCUUUCUUUAGGGUUGUUAUUACAGUAAGUGUGUGGGCAUUAUUAGGUAUACUGGAGAAACAGGAACAUAUUCUACGAAAGAAAACGAUUUUAGGCAGGAAAAUUAGUGACGAAGAUAUGUUAUUCGUGGAACCAAGUAGUUCUCUGUUGGGAUUUAAUUCAGGCGAAACCGUUGAAGUUGACCAGAAUCAAUGCUCCUCAAAGGAAAUAGGUCAUAGGGAAAGGACUACUGACAAUUAUAACAGUAACUCGGGAUACAGUUGGUUCUCUAGAAGGGUAAAUAUCUUUAAAAAAAACAUUGGGUCAUUCACAGCUGAUAACUAUGAGCUGCAAACUAAAGAAUUACAUAGUUUCACAAUUUUAUCCGAUAGUAAUAGUGUUGAAACUGAACUGGGAAGAAACAUUAUCUUUGAUGACGAUACAUGGUACACAGAUACUUUUUCAUCAGUUGAUGAAUAA